AUGAAAUCCGAUAUGACCGUUUACACAACAAGAUAUCUGAAGCAAAUCAAACCAGAUGUAAGCUUGAGUUUACUUUGUCUCAGUCAUAGAAUAAUAAUAUACUCUCAACUUAAAUUAUUUAUUUGCAAGCUACAUAAAAUGACUCAGUCCGAAUUCUUCUUAUCUGUUGCCCGAUGGAGCGUAUAUUUAACAACUAUAGAAGCAAUGUACAAAAUCAGCACUUGGAUUUAUGAUACAUCGAAUAAUGGCAAAAUACUGAAUUUUAAAAGUAUGCUUGCAAAAAUCAAGACGCAUUUGCUUAUAUCUGCUGUUUCGAUAUCGAUAGUGUUUUGUUCAGAAGAAAGACUAUAUGGAUAUGAAUUUCUCAGUUUAGCCGUUGCAUAUCUGAUUUACAAAUGUCCGGAGCUUUUACAGGAAAAGAAGGCUACAGUAAGCUAUGGAAUGGGUAUGGCGUGUAGUUUCGUGGAGGGGUACCUCCAUCACGUCAUACCCAGCAAUGGCUCGGAGUUCGUGGGUUUCACGAGGAACAUCGACAUCUAUGAGGCGAAAGAGAAUAUAAUAUUUCCUGUCAAACGGUUAUUCAUAAUUUGCACCAAAACGAUGUACUGUCCCCCUGAUUUGACGGAGUUUAACAAGGAGAAUAGCGACCUACCAGUUUUAGAGGCUAUGAAGUCGUUAGAGGACGUGGAGAAGAACGUGGCGGGUGUAAAGAACCGGUUGUACCGCAAUUCCGCGUACAAGAUCAACCGUCCGGGCGCGUCGCCCGUGCACCUCGCCGUGGAGUGCGCCACGCCGCUGCACACGCUCUACCGCGCGCGCUCGCGCACGCAGCUGCAGCAUGUAUUGAAGAAUGUGGACCCGAAGGAAGUAGUUGACGAUUUCUGCAGCACGCUUGAAACUCUUCUGAAAGACCCGGAAUAUCGAAACAAAUGCGAGAUCGUUUAUUUCGAUGAUACGAAAGAUUAUUUGCCUAAUGUGUUAUUGGAAAGGAUACGCGCCAUUGAACCUGACUUUGAAAACAUUAUAAAAACCAAAAAA